AAGCACGUAAGGUUAGUUGUUCAAGGGGAAUUCAGACUGCCUUAAGGCGGCGCUCUAGAUCGCAUGACCCAUGCAGAGCCGGAUCCGUACCACUCAGGUUACAUAGGCGAGUUUCUGAGCAGGGCAGCCUACACUGGGCAUCCGCACGAACCGAGUGCUGUAGAUUGACCUGAGAAAUCGUUAAUACAUCUCAACUUAACCUAAUAUUUACAUGGUUCUGCUUUAAAAAAAAUAAAAUUUUCACUUUUAAAGUUUUUUUUUUCAUUUGAUCUCUCUCGCACACCCUCUUUAGUGAACAUUUUUCUACAGUGUUUGAAGGUACUAAAGGCAGAGAGAUACAUUGUUGUUAGCUUGUUGUGCAUAUAGCAAUUAGGUUGUUGACUAAUCACAUAAACUGGCAAAUGCUGCUGGUUAUAGACUUGGAACCAGAAGACGGUCCAAAGUAAGAAUUCAGAGGUCAACGAAGCGCUGCAAAAGGAGCCACAGGCACCUAUUCUGAGUCACUGCGGUCCACUUCAGUUCCCACAGGGACUUCCAGAAGCCUUUUCUACUGCUUCUCUCUUUUGAGAUGUUCCUGAUGAAACGGUGUGACUUAACAGUCAGUUCAUUCAUAUCUAAUUUCAAAUAAUAAUACCAACAUUUCCACCUGUGGUACUUGUACACAAGUCAGUUUGAAAACUACUCAAUCAUUGUACGUUUUUAUUUUCAGCUUAUUUGUAGUUAAAUUAGUAGAUGCCAUAUUGUUGGUCUACUUGUAGUUUUUUGUGAGGAUUUUACUGCACUGUCUAAAUUUGUUGUUCAGACUUCAGUAAAUCUGUUGGGUUUGGGGAUAAUCGGGUCAGGAUGUUUUGUGCUGUGAAAACAUAAGAACUUUGUGUACAGUGUACAAUAUAUAUAAAAAAAUAUCACAAUUGACACAAAAAAAUCACAAUUUCGAUAUUUUUUGUAAUGGAUUUUAUUGCACGCAAAGCUCUGUAAAUUUUCUAAUGUUGUGUACAGUUUGUAUGAGCUAUAAUAAAAUAUGCUGCCUCUCACCUGGCUGUGGUAUUUUCCAUUUUACGGGGGAAAAAUUUGUGAUUUGAACUUUUCUCUGUCUGUCUGAACUUUGGGGUUUGUGUUCGUCUAAGAGCUGUUACGAGCAGCAUAACCCACUGAUUCUGAUUACACUCAACACUUUAAGUGGAGCUCUCCGCCUUGCUGUGGUUAAGGAUUAAGCUUUUUACAGAUGCAAAUAAGUUGGAUUGCGGCAGAAAUUUCAUUUGUAGUCCGUCCACUCCGAGCGGCUGAAAUCACAAACCGUUCCUCCGCCUCCCCUCCCACUUGGUCCUCUCAGCUAAUUCUCAUGCAGCGCUGAUGCACACGACUGUAAUUAAUGGGUUUAUUUAACCGCGGUUCUAACUUCUCGCCGAGAAAAGGCUUCACUUCUUUUAUGGGCUGUGUAUUUUUAGAGCCUUCUCCUGUGAUGCCUUGUGUAUCUGUGUGUGUCGGGUUGAUGUGUGCAAGGACUCUCAGACUGUGUCUUAAUUCCAUCUCUGCUAACACCUCGCUCCAUCCCUCGUCCCUAAUCCGGCCAGACUAUUAAAAGGUGGCGCACCUCCUCGGGGGGCUGCAGAGAACAUCUUACUUCCUCGGGAUCCAGCCGCCCCCAUCCGUAUUUUCCUCCUAAUUUCCACCUCCGCUGCACCGCAAGACAUCCCGGCUGUGCUUUGCCCUGAGAGGCUCAGGCUCUUUCGCUCUGAGAACAGAAAAGACAUCAUCAACAGCCACAGCCAUGAAUGGCACAGAAGGGCCCGACUUUUAUGUCCCCAUGUCUAAUAGGACUGGGCUGGUGCGCAGCCCAUUUGAGCAUCCUCAGUACUACCUCGCUGAGCCGUGGAAGUACUCUCUUCUGGCCGCCUACAUGCUGUUCCUCAUCAUCACGGCCUUCCCCAUUAACUUCCUCACCCUUCACGUCACCGUCAAGCACAAGAAGCUGAGAACCCCGCUGAACUACGUGCUGCUCAACCUGGCGGUGGCCGACCUCUUCAUGAUAGUCGGAGGAUUCACAGUGACCCUGUACACGGCUCUGCACGGAUACUUCGUCCUGGGUGUCAGCGGCUGCAACGUCGAGGGAUUCUUUGCCACCCUAGGAGGGGAGAUUGCUCUCUGGUCUCUGGUAGUUUUGGCAGUCGAGCGCUACGUCGUGGUCUGUAAGCCGAUGACCAACUUCCGCUUUGAGGAAAAACACGCCAUCGCUGGCCUGGCGUUCUCCUGGGUCAUGGCCCUGACCUGUGCCUGUCCGCCUCUGUUGGGAUGGUCCCGGUACAUCCCAGAGGGCAUGCAGUGUUCCUGUGGGAUUGACUACUACACUCCCAAGCCGGAGAUCAACAACACCUCAUUCGUCAUCUAUAUGUUUGUCCUCCACUUCUGCAUCCCCCUCUUCAUCAUUUUCUUCUGCUACGGUCGCCUGCUCUGCACCGUGCGAGCGGCUGCGGCUCUGCAGCAGGAGUCUGAAACCACCCAAAGAGCAGAGAAGGAGGUGACACGUAUGGUCAUAGUUAUGGUGAUCUCCUUCCUGGUGUGCUGGGUGCCUUACGCCACUGUGGCUUGGUACAUCUUUGCCAAUCGGGGAAUUGAGUUUGGACCAGUAUUCAUGACAGCGCCAGCCUUCUUUGCCAAGAGUGCUGCUCUGUACAAUCCAGUCAUCUAUAUUCUUCUAAACAGACAGUUCCGAAACUGCAUGCUCACCACCGUGUGCUGUGGAAAGAACCCAUUCGGCGAUGAUGAGGCAGCCGCCGCGGUCUCCAGAACCCAGACUUCAUCCGUCUCCUCCAGCCAGGUGGCCCCCGCUUGACCCCUCACUCCCUCUUCUAUCUGCUCCAUCUGUUCCCGCUCACCAAGGGACCCGCCACCGCCGAGCUGCAAUACGUUCCGUUGGCC